AUUUUUUAUCAACUCUUUCCCAUUUGGCUUCAGAUAUUUUCGAAGAAUACUGCCGGAGACGCAAGACUUCUUUCAGAAAACGACAAUCAUCACCAUUAUCAAGAACAGUCGUUGGAGAUAGUAGGCUCCAAACUUAUGGGAACCAUGCAGCUGACAAUGGAGUUGGAGAGAUUGGCGCGCAUCUUCUUUUUGUUGGCGAUGUUACACACCUUCGAUCCCAUCCAUUGCUCCAUGGCUCAAAACAGUCGUCAUCGUGAUCAUCACGUUCAUGUUGGAGUGAUUCUUGAUAUGGAGUCACCAGUUGGGGAGAUGGCCCAACAAUGCAUGGCCAUGGCCAUCUCUGACUUGAAUGCCUCGGCCUCGCACAUUAACCAUAACCUGAAGUUGAUUCUUCAUCCGAGAAAUUCCAUGGGACAUCCUCUCAAAGCUCUAUCUUCAGCUGUGGAGCUUUUGGAGAAUGAAAAAGUUGAGGCACUAAUAGGCCCGCAAACAUCUGAAGAAGCCGAGCUUCUGGCAGAAUUAGGAGAUAGGGUGCCUAUCAUCUCCUUCUCUGCCAGUAGCCCUUUCUUGUCCGGAGAAAAAAAUCCAAACUUUAUCCGAAUGACAACUAAUGAUAACUCCCAGGUCGGUGCCAUUGCUGCUCUUGUUCAAGAAUUCGGGUGGAGAGAAUUGGUUAUAAUACACGAGGACAGUUCCUAUGGAAACGGAAUUAUACCCGAUCUUCUUCUCGCAUUAGAAGAAGGCAAUGCUCGAGUAGCGCGUCGAACUGUCAUUCCACCGCAAGCCAGGGACAUAUAUGUUGAAGCCCAACUGUAUAAACUGAUGGCUCUGUCCGCCAAUAUAUUCAUUGUCCACAUGUCUGCUUCCCUCGCAUCUCGGUUUUUCUUGAAGGUUAAUGAGUUGGGAAUGAUGAGUACAGGCUAUGGUUGGAUUGUGACUGAUGGGAUAGUAAACGAGCUCGCUGCGAUGGAUCAGUCGGUUUUAGACUCAAUGCAAGGAGUCGUAGGAAUUAGACCUUAUAUUCCACCCUCAGAGCGGCUUCGCAACUUCUCAUUGAAGUGGAGGCACAGCUUUUUCACAUACCAGCAUCAUCAAAUUCCUGAAGUAAAUGUAUAUUGUUUAUGGGCAUAUGAUUCUGUCUGGGCUUUAGCCAAAGCAGCAUAUCAUUUAGGUCCAGGUCCUAUAACUUCUAUGCAGAAGAAUGAUCCUGCAAAUAAGCUUGCUCAUCAAGCUGUCAUUCCAACGAGACCAACAGGAUCCGAUCUAGUCCGCGCAAUUCUACGUGGCAAGUUCACUGGUUUAAGUGGGGAAAUUCAACUUAAGAAUGGACAGCUGCAACAACCACCAGCAUUUGAAAUAGUGAAUGUUGCUGGAAGAGUAAAGAGAAUCGGGUUUUGGACCGAAUUGAAUGGGAUAACGCGAGGGCUAAAUAGGUCCAGUGUUGCAACUCAAUCACCCUCUGUGAGAAAAAUGGGCUCUAUUGGAUGGCCUGGAUCAUCCUUGGCUAUACCAAAAAGUCAACAGAUUGUGUCGAAGGCAGGGAAGAGAUUGAGAAUCGGAGUUCCAAUUCCAACAGGUUUUAAAGAAUUGAUGGGAGUGGAAUUCAAUCCUGAGACAAAGGCGGCAACGGUAACAGGCUUUUGCGUAGACGUGUUCAAGGCUGCAAUCGAUAUUCUGCCCUAUGAAGUACAAUUUGACUUCGUCCCGUUCAACAAGUCGAGCGUGGUGGCCGGAAACCAUUAUGACAAUCUGAUAUACCAAGUAUACCUUCAGCAAUAUGAUGCAGCGGUGGGUGAUAUAACCAUCACAGCAAAUAGAUCGAUGCUUGUGGACUUCACAAUGCCUUUCACAGAAACUGGAGUAGGGAUGAUUGUGCCUAUUGAGACAUCCCGAAGCACAAACAUGUGGAUAUUUCUCCAGCCUCUCACGGUAGAUCUAUGGUUAGCCAUAGGCUCUUUCUUUGUCUUCACAGGAUGGGUGGUGUGGAUAAUUGAGCACAACAACAACGAUGAGUUUAAGGGACCAUUAGCUCAUCAAAUUGGGAUGGCGAUGUGGUAUUCGUUCUCAACAAUGGUUUUUGCACAAAGGGAAAAAUUAAUCAGCAACUUGUCCAAAGUUGUGGUGAUUGUGUGGCUUUUUGUAGUUCUAAUAUUGACAUCCAGUUACACUGCAAACCUGAGCUCAAUGCAAACAGUUCAUGAGCUUCGGUCCUUGCCAAAGGGCGAAUCAAUCGGGCUCCCUUCCAAUAGUCCAGCUAAUCAGACAGUGCUGAUCAAUCUACCCUUCAAAAACCCCUCUUUUCACCCUUUGGGAACGGUUGAAGAUUAUGCAGAAGCUCUGAGAGAGGGAAGCCGAAAUGGUGGUGUGUCAGCAAUUAUUGAUGAAAUUCCUUAUGUAAAGCUCUUUCUUUCCAAGUACUCUGAUCAAUACACCAUGUUUGAGCCCUCCUACUACAGCACCAAUGGAUUUGGCUUCGCUUUCCCCAAGGGGUCACCUUUAGUCGCUGACUUUUCUGCAGCAAUAGCGAAAUUGAGAGAAAAUGGAAAACUUUACUCGAUAAGCCAAAAUUAUUUUAAUAAUCAUUCCUUAUUCACAAAUCAAGAUUCUGCAACAAAAGUUGCUAGACUUGAUUUAUACAGCUUUCGCGGUCUCUUCCUUAUCACAGGCAUCACUUCGACUGUAGCCAUGAUAGUAUCCUGUAAAUCUAGGAAGAAAGAGUCAAUAACUGCACAAAAACAUGAGGUUGCUGAUCAACCUGGAGAAGUGAAGUUCCCACCAGUUUGUGACAUGCCAUCAAGAAGAGCCAGUCCCAGACAUAUCAGAAGGCAUUCCUAUUGAAUCAGAAGAAAGUGUGAUGUCCUCAACUGUUGUAUCAACCCCUCAAUAUCAUGGUAUGCUUAUAUGAGGCAACAUACCAUGGACUUUGAAACCCUUAGGAUUUUUAGCUGUAGGGAUGAAGAGUGGGAGUCUUGUUAGAACUUUGAAGAUGUUUGAAAUGAGAAUAUGUCCCUGUACCGUCUGCUCUAUCUGAAAUACUUCUGCAAAAUCAACCAUAAGAAAUGCCAAUAUUAUUAUUUAUGUCUGCACUUUUAUUGCUUUAGUUUCGUUACUACACUGGCAAAAAU